CCAACCCAUCCUCUGCUUCAUCCCAUAAGUUUCCAUUCUACUUUCUCCCUCCCAUCUCCCUAAUUCACUCCUACAAAUCCCCUCCUAUCUAUCAUUUUCAUUUCAUUUUUUUUUUCUUCUAAUCUCGAACUUCAUUCGAUCUAUAUAUAUACAUAGGCAAAUAUUAUGAUGGAUCUUCAGAAACAUCUACGGAUUGUUGUUGUGUUAGUAUCCUUGGUUUGCUCAUCCUUGCAUGCUUACCAGUUCAACGUUGGCGGCAAGACUGGUUGGGUCUUAAACCCUUCAGAAGACUAUAAUCACUGGGCUGGACGUAUGAGAUUCCAAGUCAAUGACACCCUCUUGUUUAAGUAUGAGAAAGGAUCGGAAUCGGUGUUGGUGGUGAGCAAAGAUGAUUAUGACAAGUGUAAUACGCAAAAUCCCAUCAAGAAAAUGGAUGAUGGAAACUCUGUUUUCCAGUUUGGAAGAUCUGGUCCGUUUUAUUUUAUCGCUGGGAAUCAAGAGAAUUGUGAAAAGGGACAGAAGUUGAUCGUUGUUGUUCUUGCUGUGAGGAACCGGUAUCCGCCGGCGCCGCCUCGUGCGCUUCCGCCACGGUCUCCGGCUCCUAUCCCUGCUCCGCCUAAAGGAUUCACUCCCUCAUCACCCAUCUCACCCUCAGGCCACGCUCCGGGAGUGAAUCCGCCUAAAGGAUCGCCGGCUGCUUCACCGUCGGGGCAUGCUUCGGGAAGUUCUCCGUCUAAAGGGUCGCCUGCCGCUUCACCGUACGGUAAUGCUCCGGGGACUUCUCCAAGAAAAGGAUUGCCGGUCAUUUCACCGUCAGCGUACGCGCCGGGAGGUUCUCCUAUAAAAGGAUCGCCGGCAGCAUCACCUUCCGCCUAUGCUCCUGGAGCUUCUGUGCCUAAAGGAUCGCCGGCCGUUUCACCGUCAGGCAGCGCGCCCGGAGCUUCUCCUUUCAAAGGAUCGCCAGCAACUUCGCCGUCUGGUUAUGCUCCUGGAGCUUCUUCGCCUAAAGGAUCUCCCUCCACUCCAUCGUACGGCAAUGCGCCGGGAGUUUCACCUGGGAAAGGAUCGCCGGCAACCUCACCGUCUGGCUAUGCUCCAGGAGCUUUAGCGCCUAAAGGAUCGCCGACAACUUCACCGUACGGCAAUGCUCCGGGAGCUUCUCCUGGGAAAGGAUCGCCGGCAACCUCACCGUCCGGCUAUGCUCCAGGAGCUUUAGCACCUAAAGGAUCGCCGACAACUUCACCGUACGGCAAUGCUCCGGGAACUUCUCCUGCGAAAGGAUCGCCGGCAACCUCACCGUCCGGCAAUGCUCCGGGAGCUUCUCCUGCAAAAGGAUCGCCGGCUACCUCACCGUCCAGCAAUGCUCCAGGAGCUUCUACCCCAGUAGGAUCGCCGGCGAGCUACUCACCGGGAGCUGCUCCACCCAAAAGUUCCAUUUCACCUUCCCCGGCGGCUAUUGCCAUCACUCCGGCAUCAUCUCCCGGACCAGCCGCAAUUCCUGGGGCAAAUGGACCGGCAAGCCAGGCUCCGUUGGCAUCUCCAGCACCGGCAAAGACAUCCACAGCUCCUUCAACGGGGCCUCCUUCUAGUGCUUCAUCUCCUUCAACAGGCAGUCCGAGCUCCGGCAACACUCCGGCUGAUAUCCAGGCUCCUGGUGGUUCACCGCCAAACUCAGCAGCUGUGAAGGCAUUUACUCCGUCAAUGGUCAUAGCGUCAACUCUCACAUUUAUCAUAGCUGUUGCUUUCUAAGAAUUUGGUUUCGUGUAUAUAUACGGAAUAAUAAUUUAUGCUUUUUUUUUUUUCUAGUAAUAAAUAAAUUCAUUAUAUUUAUUCGUAAAGAAUUAGACAGAUGAUAUCGUUUUUUAUAGUACAUUAUGUUUUUUAGAGAAAUCAUUUUUUGAUACUAAUAAUUUUGUUUAAGAUAACA